AGCAGAAAAUAAUACUGUACUAAUACUAUCAAAUAAAUAUCCCAAGCAAUCGAAUUCCAAAUUAGGAGGCCAUAAUAUUCUUGAAUGAAAGGUGUGAUUUUGCAGAGAUAUAAAGCUUCCACCUGAAAAGGAUAUACUAUGGCUAAAUUGUUGAGCAAUCCGUGUUGGAAUUCAUCAUCUUCAACCACAUUUUCUUGUUUCCACAAUGAGAGUUUGUGUAGUUCAAAAAGUAUGGCGAUUUCAGGCCAUUUCUCCAAGUGGGCUUCCAAGAGUUUCGCAAGAAUUCAGCUUAGAAGAAGCGAUUUUGAGCUAAGAUCAUCCAAUGGGUAUCCUCUUAAUGCCGUUUCUUUGCAAGAUGAGGGCUCAGUUGUCAAUCCCCUUGCUGAAGAGCCCAAUUUUUCUGAUUCAGCUGAGGGGGAUUAUACUCUAAGCAUCACAGUUGUUGGUGCAUCAGGCGAUCUUGCAAAGAAGAAGAUCUUUCCUGCUCUUUUUGCUCUCUAUUACGAGGAUUGGCUACCUGAGAAUUUUGUCAUUUUCGGGUAUUCUCGGACCAAGAUGAAUGAUGAGGAGUUGAGAAAUAUGAUCAGCAGAACCUUGACUUGCAGGAUUGAUCAGAGAGAAAACUGUGAUGACAAAAUGACACAGUUUCUAAAGAGGUGCUUUUACCAUUCAGGUCAGUACAAUUCGGAGGAACACUUCUCGGAAUUGGAUUGCAAACUGAAGGAAAAAGAGGGUGGUAGACUCUCGAAUAGGUUGUUUUAUUUAUCGAUUCCUCCAAACAUAUUUGUGGAUGUGGCCCGUUGUGCUAGCACCAGAGCUUCUUCAACAACUGGAUGGACAAGGGUGAUUGUAGAGAAGCCGUUUGGUCGGGACUCAGAGUCUUCUAGUGAGCUGACAAGAUGUCUAAAACAGUUUCUCAACGAGGACCAAAUAUUCCGAAUUGAUCAUUAUUUGGGCAAGGAGUUGGUUGAGAACCUAUCAGUGCUUCGUUUCUCAAAUCUUGUCUUUGAGCCUCUUUGGUCAAGAAACUACAUCCGCAACGUCCAGUUCAUAUUCUCGGAAGAUUUCGGAACAGAAGGACGGGGAGGCUACUUCGACAACUAUGGAAUAAUCCGAGACAUUAUGCAAAACCAUCUGCUGCAAAUAUUAGCAUUGUUUGCAAUGGAGACUCCUGUCAGUUUGGAUGCCGAAGACAUAAGGAACGAGAAGGUGAAAGUUCUGCGAUCAAUGAAGCAGUUGCUGCUCGAAAAUGUGGUUGUUGGCCAGUACAAGGGGCACAGCAAGGGUGGCAAAACGUACCUCGGGUAUACAGACGAUCCUACUGUACCAAAUAAUAGCGUUACUCCUACAUUUGCUGCUGCGGCCCUCUUUAUAAAUAAUGCUCGUUGGGAUGGCGUUCCGUUCCUCAUGAAAGCAGGCAAAGCCCUACACACGAGACGAGCCGAGAUUAGAGUUCAGUUCAGGCACGUUCCCGGUAAUCUGUACAAGCACACCUUUGGGACAGAUUUGGACUUGGCCACGAACGAGCUAGUGCUUCGUGUGCAGCCGGACGAGGCCAUAUAUUUGAAAGUCAAUAACAAGGUUCCCGGCCUUGAAAUGAGACUAGACCGCAGUGAUCUCAAUCUUCUCUAUAAAGCCAGGUACACGAGAGAGAUACCGGAUGCUUAUGAACGACUACUUCUAGACGCUAUAGCAGGGGAGCGAAGACUAUUCAUCAGGAGUGACGAGCUAGAUGCUGCAUGGGCUCUUUUCACGCCGUUACUGAAGGAACUGGAAGACAGGAAAAUUGCACCGGAGCUCUACCCGUACGGAAGCAGGGGACCUGUGGGAGCUCACUAUCUUGCAGCGAAGCACAACGUUCGUUGGGGAGAUCUUGCAGGUGAGGACUGAUGAACACAUCAUUCCAGAGUUUGUUGCUUCUCCGAUAUUACUCAUGUGAAUUCUUCAAAGUAUUUUAAUGUGAAAAUGUGAAAUUCUUGAUUCAUUUUUUACCACAAUAUGGUGAAUGUAUAAUGAUCUACAAAGUUGUGUGUUUUUUGCAAUUUAUUGAGAAGAAUUUCCCAA